GAUAUCAUUUGCUCCGUCAAUCUUCAACACAACUGCAUCGAUUCCAAAUGCGUAGACAUGCGCCAGCAACAUGUACUUCAAGAACAGAUUCAAACCACUCGAACGAAGCCUGUUGUUGACCAUCAGCCUACUCCGCACUUCUUCCUCAAUACCUACUCAAUUCACAACUGUGAUCAUAUCCGACUGGUCAUACCUGAGGCGCUUCGC